UGAGGAAAAUGUGCCGCAGUAAGUGCUCAUGGCUUAGUGAUCGACAUGACAAAAUCCGGCCCCAGUCAUCUUUAUAGAGACACAACUCGCCUCCCAGCUAUCUGAUCAGCUGUGUUUUAGACCGCAAUUCUCGGCAGCGUGGAUAUAUCGGUUGUGCUCACCCUAGCUAGAUUGUGGUGUGAUAGGACCUUAUCUCUAAACAAAAAAUUAUUAUUCGUUUUAGAUACUUCCACUUUUUCCAAUGUAAUAAUAAAAUGAAGAAGAGCCUAUAUUUAGCCACAGUCCUGGAACAGCUGGCAGCUAUAUCUGUACAAACUAUGUGAAAAGUGCCGCAUUAUGGAGAACGCUCCAUAUGACGUGCAGGAUGUCCCAUUUUAGGCAGAAAGAAGGGAUCAUAGUAAGAUGAGUGCACCAUGGCUAGGGUCCUCCUGGAAACAUUAUCACACUGAAAGCUUAGUCUCCACAUGUUGACCAGUAAGAAUGCGGUUCACUGUGAGGAAGGUGCUGUUGGUGUUUAGCUUCAUUGUCUUGGUGGCCUUAGCAGUGCAUCUUGGCCAGCAAAUGCUAGAAUGCCAGCAAAUUCUGGAUGAAAGUUAUGGUAGAAAAAACUGGGGUGCCAUGAAGCCAGAAAGUGAAGAACUUGUAAUGAUGGAUGCCAAUAACAUAGAGUACCGAUACAGUAAAGGCAUGCCCCUUAUAUUUAUUGGCGGAGUGCCUAGAAGUGGUACCACAUUAAUGAGAGCCAUGCUUGAUGCUCAUCCGGACGUCCGCUGUGGAGAAGAGACACGCAUUAUCCCAAGGAUAUUAGCAAUGCGCCAAGCAUGGUCGAAAUCUGGCAGUGAAAAGAUGCGUCUUGAUGAGGCUGGAGUAACAGAUGUAGUUAUGGAUGCCGCUGUGCAGGCCUUUAUAUUAGAAAUUAUAGCAAAACAUGGAGAACCUGCCAAACUAUUAUGUAACAAGGACCCUUUUACUUUGAAAUCCUCAGUUUAUCUCUCCAAACUGUUUCCAAAUGCCAAGUUUCUCCUUAUGAUUCGAGAUGGACGUGCAUCUGUACAUUCCAUGAUUACCAGGAAGAUAACUAUAGCUGGCUUUGACUUAAACAGCUAUAGAGACUGUUUGACCAAAUGGAACAAAGCAAUAGAGAUCAUGUACGCACAGUGCUUAGAGAUCGGAGAGCACAAGUGCCUACCGGUUUACUAUGAACAACUAGUCCUGCAUCCCAAGCAAACCAUGCAUGCCAUCAUUGAGUUUCUGGGUAUUCCUUGGAGUGAUGCAGUGCUUCAUCACGAGGAAUUGAUUGGAAAACCAGGAGGCGUAUCCCUCUCUAAGACUGAAAAGUCAACCGACCAAGUAAUGAAGCCUGUGAAUCUUGAGGCCUUGACUAAAUGGGUUGGGAAGCUGCCAACAGACAUAGUAGAUGACAUGUCUCGUAUAGCUCCAAUGCUUGCCCGACUAGGAUAUGAUCCCUUUGCCAACCCGCCAAAAUAUGGUAAUCCCGAUGCAUUAGUGGUCAACAACACCCACCGAAUCCUAAAGGGGGACUUUAAAACACCAAGCAGCCUGAAAGGAUUUAUUCAGAUUCAUCAGAAUAACUCCUCACACUGGUGACAGCAGAGGAUCAGGGUUUGAAGUUGACCAUCUCCUCAAGACCAGAAAAAAAAAAUCCUGACACUGAUGGAAUCCUGAUAUCCAAGCAUAUUGCUUGCCAAAUAUUGCCAAACUGUGACUGUCUAGAGCGAAUGUAUUUGCACUUGUUUGUACGCUACAACCUUUCAGACUUGUUGUUAAAAUGGACUUGUGUAGCUCAUCUGACUUUUCAGCCAUCAUGGGAUCUUUUAUUUGUUACUGAAUAUGGUGCCAGUAUUUUAUACAGAGCCACAAUCUGCUUUUAUUUUUGCCACAUUAAGCACCAGACACCCGGGUUCAGAUUUCAUUGUGCCAUGGGGAGGGCAUCCUCUCUCACAUGCUGAUAGAUCGCCCAGACCGGUGAAAUGAAGGAGUGGCUGCAAUAAAUAAUUUUCCUUAUUCUUCACAAAAGACUGGUACAUUGUAAUAAUCUGUCAUUUUGUUUCAAGUGUUUAAAAAAAAAAGUGGAAGAAAAGAAAAAAAGCAAAGAUGAUUUUUACAUACGUGUUAAACUGUGUUCCUCAGAUCUCUAUUUAAAAUUUUAAUAUAUAUGAUCCAUUGCAUUCCAAGUUUUCAUUCAGAUUUCAUUAUAUUAAAUGGUUUUAAUGAAGU